AUGGACUGCCCAGACAACACAUAUCCCUGCGACACAGAGCUAGUCCGUGAACUCCUAAAAGGCAAAAGACGCGCGCGCGAUAUCAAAGCAUGUUUCUCGUGCCGCAGCCGCAAAGUCCGGUGUGAUGGCAACACGCCCUGUUCCAGCUGCGUGAGGAGGAAUCAUGCAGAGUUGUGUUUCUCGGCGAGUCAUGCGGGUCGUGGACAGCGCGAUCAUCGUGAGUCGUCACUGUCACGACUUCAGGGUGUGCAGACUGUUCAGCAGUCUGUGGAGUAUUCUUUUCAAUCGACGAUUGAAUCCCCGCAGCCGUUGCUGGGGGAUCCAAGUGGUGGUGGUCUUGCAAGCGCCGGUUCCAAGAUUAUUCCCUCUUCAAUUGACCUGGAUGCAAUGAUCAGGCGUCUGGAUGCCAUGGGCGACCAAAUAGCUUCUAUGAAAGCCGAGCUGAUCCGGGCUCGCGAUCAAGGAAAUGGGGAUGGAAAUGGAAACGCAAACCAACCUCAAAAUCAAGGAGUACUUGUCAACGACAACUCACCUGCACCGAGUGAUAGCGACCGCUCCAACCAGCACCAGCAGCAACGGCGACAUGCGCUUCUGGCGAAAUCACCAGGGCAAUAUGUCAUUGAAGAGGUGACAGGGGCGACGAUAUUCCUAGGCGGGAAUUCAGAUCCACCCCCAACGCUGGGCUGUCGACAAGCAUCCGAUAUGCAGAUGGCAGGUGAUAACCUGCUGGAACGACUGGUCCCGCGGAUUUAUCCUUUUUCAAGCCUGUGGCGGCCUGAAGUCUCGUUUACAGAAGUCUGUCUCGCUCUCCCGGAAGAUUCAGAUAUCGUGCGAUACUGGGACGUUUACCAAAAAUUCGUCCACCCAUUCUAUCCCGCCCUGGUCACAAUGGAUCAAUUCAGCGAGUCCCUGUUCCCGUUUCUGGAGAAGCGACCGACCUUUCAAGAUGAUGCGGUGCUAAAAAGGGAGAUCGAUCCCUCGUGGCUGGCAUUGUUGUUUUCCGUGCUGGCGUGCGGUGUUCAGUUCUCCAGCGACCCGGCCAAAGAGAGAGAUUUGCGUUCGAAAGUAUUCAUAUGCUCCUCAUUCCAGUGUCUCAGGGCAACAAACUUCUUCAGUAACACCAACAUGAACCAAAUCCAAGCCAUGUCGCUGAUCAGCCAUUGUCUUCGGAAUAAUCUGGAUACGAACUGUUCGUGGAUUCUGAUGGGAGCCACGGUCCGUCUCGCGCAGAGCAUCGGUCUCCAUGAAGAAUCAGUCCCAGGUUCGUCCCUUCAUACUUCGUCAGUUGAGCAGUACCAGCGGAAACGACUGUGGUGGAUGCUCGUCUGGCAAGACUCCUUCCUAUCAUUCACCUACGACCGCCCCCUCAGCGCCGCCAACGUAGACUGCCGUAUUCCAUACACCACGAAUAGCAGCAGCAGCGACAGCAACAAGAAGGAAGGAAAUGAAAGUGGCUACUCGUUCGCCGAAUCAAUCUUCACCCUCUGCGAAAUCCUCCUCGACCGCGCCAGAGAUCUCUCCCUACACUCACAUAGACAUACACAGACACAUACAGAUGCAGACGCAGAUGAAAACGCAUACACCCAAACCGAAAUCCACUUCAAAUCCCGCAUGGAAUCAAUACUCGACUCCGCCGCCCCUUUCCUCCGUGAUAAGGCCCGCUGCCGGACGAUCCAAGAUCAUCUCGAGCGGCUCGCGUUGAAAGUUCACAUUGGGUACGCGAGUUGUCGACUCGGUCGGUUACUUUGUUUUGGUUCCCCUGCCACCACCACUACUACUACUUACAACAGUAACGACAGUGCCACUUAUACUAAUAGCGGUGAUAAUGGUGGAGAUGGGAUGCUAUCACGGGAAACCCAAAACUUACUCCUCCAUUCCACCGCCCAACGCGCAACAGAAGUUGUGGAAAGCUUCCUAGAUAUCCACCGUCUCUCGGCGAACGUAUGUCGAUCUUGGUCGUUGGUGCAUAAUGCCGUCAGUUGUGCGAUUAUACUUCAGAGGUUGGGGAGAGAUGAUUUUGCUAUGGAUUUUCAUCAUGCUCAGGUUCAUGCUGCUACUACUCCCUUUGGCUCUCUCGUCAGACGAUUACUAGCCGUCUUGGAAAAGGAAGGUGAGCAGUCGCGAUGGCAUGAUACUGAUGGGAAUGUGCGGAAUUUUGGGCCUUAUUCUCGGGCGAUUGAGGCGUUGAAGUGGGAUAUGGGGGUUUUGGGGGGGUGA